UAUCCGUCUCCAGCUCACUUUCGCUGGUUUGUUGUACAGGUUUAUGUGGAGUGUGGCAUGUGUACAGAACACACUGCUCCUCCCAUUAUUCUGUUCAUCCUCACUUUCACCACCCAUAUUCUUGUGGGGAAGUCACAGUUUCAGUCUCUCCUCCGCACACAACUCCCUUGCUUCUUAGCUUGCUCUCUUUUCAUCUCUCAGUUGCUCCCUCGUUUCCUGCUGUGUUCAGUUACCCCGUCCUGUGAGCUAUCUCACUCCCACUUCCUGUCCUCAUCUGCAAAGCGAGCUCUGCACGGAAAUGGGUUCCAAAAAGAAAAUGGGCUACAAGUGUCGCAUAGCAGGAGUGAUGCUCCUAUUGAUUGGAAGCAUUGCUGCCCUUGUUGUUGUUGCUGUCGUCCAGGACAAGUUAAAGGUUAAGGAGUAUGGAUUAGAGUUUGGUAUUGUGAUAGACUCCGGCUCCUCUCGCUCCAAUGUCUACCUGUACGAAUGGCCUGGGGAGAAGGAGAAUGAGACCGGUGUAGUGACUGAAAGAAAGAACUGUAAAGUUAGAGGGGCUCCUAUCUCAGAUCUCGAGGUCAGUUCCAAGGAAGAUGAAAAAACAUUUAAAGGAUUUCAAGACUGCAUGGAUGAAAUCAAGAGUCACAUUCCUGGAGAAAAGCACAAAACCACACCCCUCUUUCUGGGAGCUACAGCUGGGAUGCGCCUUCUAGAAAUGAAAGAUGAGAAAAGAGCCAAUAAAAUCAUGGGGAAACUCAGAGACUUCCUGAAUAAACAAAACUUCCAGUUCCACAAUGCUUCCAUCAUCACCGGACAGGAAGAGGGGCUGUUCGGGUGGAUCACAGUGAAUUACCUGAAGGAAAAUUUCCUAGAGAAAAACAUGUGGAACACUUACAUUCGUCCAAAUGGAGCAGAGACAGUCGGGUCUAUGGAUCUCGGUGGAGCAUCAACACAGAUCGCCUUCCAAGUUCAGGAACAUGGAGAGGGGCCUGACUACAUGCGUGUCAAGCUGUAUGGUUACCCCUACACUGUCUACACGCACAGUUUCCUUUGCUACGGCAAAAAUGAGGCUGACAAGAGGGUACUGGACAAAGUAAUCAGGGAAUCAUCUGAUCCAGCCUACGUAAUAAAUCCCUGCUACCCCAAAGGUUUCAACACUACCAUAAAAGCUUCAUCCAUUUAUGACACGGAGUGCAUUCCGAAACCCAAAAACUACAACUCCGGUCAAGAGUUCUACAUGGUUGGAGGGUCCGACUCGGAAAAAUGCGGGGAAAUAGUGAAGUCCAUAUUUAACUUUCAGAACUGUUCCUCAAAGCAGUGCUCCUUCAACGGGGUGGAGCAGCCGCCAGUGACCGGACAUUUUAUGGCGUAUGCUGGAUUCUUCUUCAUUGCUCGAGCGCUGGAGCUGAGUGGGAAAUCCGACCUUGAUGAGUUCAAGAUUGCUGUUGGGAACUUCUGCAACUCUGACUGGGCCGAGCUUAAAGUACAAAAGCGCCGGAUCUCUGAGGAAUACCUCAAGACCUACUGCUUUGCCAGUCACUAUGUCCUCACUCUUCUGGCAGAUGGCUAUAAGUUUGACAAUGAGACUUGGAAAAAUAUUCACUUUGAACAAAAGAUAAAGGAAACAAGCAUAGGCUGGAGUUUGGGCUACAUGCUGAGCAUGUCCAACAUGAUCCCGUCUGAAGUGAAAGAAAUCACUCCAAUGACAAACCCGGUCUUUGCUGGUCUCAUCUUUCUAUUUUCAGCUCUAAUCAUUGUAACGGCAGUCUUAGGAUUUAUCAUCCUCAUUCGUACUUGCUAUUGAUAAGUGAUGAAAGGAAAUUAAGGAGAGCAUAGGGAAAUAUUUUGUUUUUUGCUGGAAAGUGCUGCAGCAGCAUGUGAUCAGGCAUGUUUGUUGAACAUCACUAAGCAAAGUGAUGUGUUAUUUUUUCAGCUCAAACCUCUGAGACAAGAUUUACAUAGAAAAUGUAUUUGCACUUAAAUUUAUGAUUAAACUUUUUUUUCCCCCAAUACAACCAGUGCUCGCAAAAGAUAAAUCACAUUGCAGGAGGACAACACAUAUUUUGCUUGCACAGAUUGAUUUUUUUUCUCAGCAUUUUGUAAAUGUUGUUCUGAUGGGAACAUCAAGGAAACUGAUCAGUAUUUGUCCCGUUUCCUCAUGAUGAGGUAAUGCCGCUCCACUUUUGGUGUCAGUUCUACUUUUAGGUCAGAGAUUCAUCACACAUCUAUGUAAGCAGACAUAAACAGCCCAUCCUUUUUUACUUGAACAAAAAUGAAGUAGAAAGGGAUGAAGGGGUGAGUCGAGUCUGAGCCGCUCUAUCAGGAAACAUCAGUUCUCCUACCUGGCUUGAUAAUGACACAUCUUUAGUGCUUAUUGUAAUAAAUAAUAAAUUGUGAAUGUUUUCAUUAUAAUUGUAGUCAGAAGUUCAGAUGGCAAUAGUAGCACUGGAAGGAGGUGAAGGAGACCAAUCUAUUCACAAGUUUUCUGUGUCAUAACAUACUGUUGCAACACUUUUAAUAAAUAUGUAUAUGUUGCAGCUUUAAGCGUUAAACAGGGCAGUGCCCAAAAAACUAAUCUCCGUGUUUUCUUCAUCCCUCCUUUGAUUGUAGAAAGAUCAUGGUGGUAAAGCUCUAAGAACAAAAGUUUAGACUAAACAUUAGCGUUUGAUUAUUGUCUGCAACGUUUUCACACUUUAUAUCAUCAGACAUUUGAAGUAUUAUGAUUAGAUGUGGAAGAUCUCCUUAUAGAGUAACACAAAAAUCAAAUACAUAAGAUUACUGAAAAACACUUAAAUGUCAUCAUGUCUUAUAUUCCAAAUUCAGUCAAGUAAUGGUUACGUAAUAUACCUGAUUAAAAAUAACUGUCUGUUCUUGAGGGUGUUUCACUUUUCUUUCCAGAGUUAUAGUUUGAACUGAACAUUUAUAACUCUAAAAGUAGAAACGGGAACAAUAAAUUCAUGUAAAAUGCCCCGCUUAUUUUAUUUUUUUUAUAGGUUUAUUCUAUGUAAGAGGCAAAUAUCAGGAAAACUAACCGAUUUAUUCCAAUUUUGUACUUUUUGUCAAGGACUUUAUCUCACUGUCAGGGAACGUAGAAAGUGUUCAUUUUCAGUUAAUUGUGUUCAGCUGUCGAUGUUUUCAGCUAUACGCAUACGUUUUACUAAAUGGGAAAUUUCUGAACGUUCAUUUGAAUCAGUAAAUCAUGGGAUUUUCUUGUGAAUGAAACUUUGGUUGAAUGCAGCACACUCUACUGGAUGAUAUUUUAGGACAAUUUUGACUGUACUUGGAAAAACUGAUGCAUGUUUUUCAUUUUAUUGUACUCCCUCGACUGUUUCAAUGCUUUGAUAACUAACAUAACUGUAUAAUAAACAUGUUCUUUGACCGCA